UUGACGCGUGCGCAGGCUGGGCCCUCCCAGCAGGCUCUAGGGCAAGAUGGCUCCGCGCGGGUCCGUACCGCCGACUGUCUGAGGGGACGCCGAGUGACUGCCACCGUGUUCCAGCUCCGCGGGAAAGCAGAGGCCGAGCCCCAGGGGUGCGAUGGCCGCGGUGGUGGCCAAGCGGGAAGGGCCGCCGUUCAUCAGCGAGGCAGCCGUGCGAGGCAACGCCGCGGUCCUGGAUUACUGCCGGACCUCGGUGUCGGCGCUGUCGGGGGCCACGGCCGGCAUCCUCGGCCUCACCGGCCUCUACGGCUUCAUCUUCUACCUGCUUGCCUCCAUCCUGCUCUCCCUGCUCCUAAUCCUCAAGGCGGGGAGGAGGUGGAACAAAUAUUUUAAGUCACGAAGACCUCUCUUUACAGGAGGCCUCAUCGGAGGCCUCUUCACCUACGUCCUGUUCUGGACGUUCCUCUACGGCAUGGUGCACGUCUACUGAAAUGGGGCAGGGGUGACUUUUUUAGAAAACCAGAUGGGGAAGACUGUUGCCGGGCAAUAACAACGUGUAGACUCACUUAGUUUUUAAAUUGUUGAGUUCACUGCUUGUUCUGUAACGUUAUAACUUAUACCAGAAGACGGAGAGCCUGUAAUAUUCAGAUUAAAUGAAGCGUGAGACA